AGAAAGAGGGGGCGGGCAGGAGAUGGAAGCUGUGGAGGACAAUAUAGGGUAGUGAAAAUGAUGGCGACCGAUGCAGAGGAGAUAAGAACCCAAACAAGCCCCUGUCCCAUCCCCGACAACAGUCUCAGCACUCUGUCCAUCAAAAUUACGCGGAAAAACCAGGACAGACACUGGAAGUUGCGGUUUAUAUACCUGCAGUGCUAUUUCUUGACCAUAGCAACAAUACUGGGAACUGGAAUCCUUGGUCUUCCAGUGACGAUAGCCCAUUCAGGACUGGUGCCUUUUCUUAUCUCCUUUCUUGUUGGCUUCUUUGUCCAGGCCUUACUUAUCUACCUGUUUGUGGAACUUCUUCAGAAAUGCCAGGUGGUACAGCUAGAAUCUUUAAAGACAGGUGUGGCGGAGUGCAUUGUGAUGGAUCAGGUGGGUAUGGAGGAUCCAACCCACACAGAGGAAGAGGACGACGACGAGAGUGAAAGUGCCGAAGCUGAUACGGGUUUACUACAGCCAGAUGCCGCAUCCUUGCACAACCAAGAAGACAGCCUGCAGCCCAACCUUCAUCUUCUUGGCCACCUCUUCCUCUCCCGGCCCAUGAGCCACGCCUUCAACUGCAUCCUUCUCUUCCAGUUUGUUUCUAUUGGGAUAAGUUACGUGUUAGCAGGCAGUGAGGCGUAUGCAGCUCUUCUUAAUGUCAGCCAUAUCUAUGUGAUCCCGGUCUUCACCUGGAUUCUAACCCUUGCCAUAUUACUAGCCCACACCAUCAUCCAGCCAAUCACGUCAGUGCUUACGCUGCUGAAAGGAAUCCUGCUCAUUGUCACAGUGGCUGUGACAUUUGCAGUGGGUUCAGAAGUCGGCCUUCAGAGCAGCAGUGACUUCAGUCAGAUGGGGAAACCUUUCCUAAUGGGCACAGUGGCUCUGGGAGGGAUUAUCAAUGUGAUGCCUCUACUCUUCUCACAGAUCUCACACAACAAAACCCAGAUUCUGUGGUUCAGAAGAGCAGUGCUUGCAGGUCUGACAACCUGCACUGUGCUCAACAUCCUCUGGUGCUGGGCAGUGCUGGAAAUCGUCCCCCAGACAUCAUUACCCGAGAGGCGGAUGGCGGCUGAGGCGACCACGCGGCCUUCCUCCAGCGGCCUGCCUGGUUCUCAAUCCUCCGUCUCCCCUCUGAUGUACUCCAACAUCUCUCUAGAAGAGUCUGAGAAAGCAGGAGAGAUUGCAACCAUCCCCCUAACCAGGAUUAUUAAUGAACGUUACAGGGCGUACUCCUGGGUGGCUGAGCUGAUCCAGGUCUUUAUAGCCAUCAGCGUCACAGUGUCCUUCCUGGUGAUGGGAUCUGCCAUGAAACACACGGUUGAUGGUCUGGUUAGCUCGAUGUGGAGCAGCAGACUGGAGUGGCUGUCUAAAGCCUGGGAACGAAACCUGCCCAACAAACAUCAUGUCUGCUCGGCCAGAAGCAUGGUUAAAGGAUUGGUGUCACUGCUCGUGUUUAUGGUCAUCUUCAUCGUGUCAGUGUGCGACCCCAGGGGUUUUGUUGUCAUGUUGGACAAAGUUGUGUCGUUCUCCCUCAACACUGAAGUCGGACUGUUUGUCUUCAUCAUGCUGAGAGAAUCCAGAGAAGACAGAUUCCAGCACAUUGCCGUCCCUCUGCCUGUAGGCGACUGCGUCUUCAGCCUCAGUUGGCUGCUCCCCACCUACUUCCUGUUUGCGGUCACCUACGACGUCCUGCAGACUCUGGCCGAGGUGGCUCAUUACCUGCACUUCUUCAGCCACAGUCAGGAAGCACACUACCACAAUCUGACGGAGAGUGUAACAGCAGCCAACGUCUCUGUCCUGCUCUGAUUCGCUCACAGUGUGAUAAGAGACAGACAACGAGGAGUUCAAUUUGCCAAUAAUCUGAAUGUUAGAUAAGUGCUUUUAUAUUACUCACAUUUAUCCAGCUCUUGGCACAACGUGAACAUUUUAAAGAUGAGUGUUUGUUUUGUUUUUGAGGCCAUCUUUGGCGGACAUUUUUAGUUGUUUCUGCUCUCCACUUAACCUUAAAUAGUCUUUUAUGAUGCUCAUUAACAUUCAUGUGGGAGAGAGGAUUGUUUCACAACGCAAUGUAAUGCUCAAAGCGUAACCAUGGUUUUCUAGAACAAUCUGUUGUAAUUAAAGUGAGAGAUAAAACACUAAGGUUGGACACAAGGUGUAUCAAACAUUUAGGUCAUUUACAGGUUUCACAACACAUCCAUGUAGAUCCAAAUAGGUCCAGCUAUCAAGGGAAUCAGGUGUUUGGCAGUGACAGUCUGUGAUGAUGUUUCUGUCUGUUCUUGUAUUGGCUGAUCUCUAGACAGGUGUAAAUGCCAACCGCACUAAAAUAACAAGAA